AAUUUUCUGAACUUAAGUAGUUUUUUUGAAAUCAUUUGAAAGUAUUUUUUGGAAUUUCUACGUUCAAAAUUCCGCUGUCGAGUCUCGAUAUGUUUGAUACAACUCUUUUCGAGUUUAAUCAUUAAUUGUCGUAUACGAAUGUAAACCUAACCUUGAUCACUUGCAAAACAAUAAUAUUGCUAAAUCAUACCCAAGAAUAGUCACGAAAAUCAGAAAAUGACCAGUAAAGUGAAGUGUUUUGUGCGUGAUUGUGGAAAUUCAAGUGAUUCCACACCGGGAAAAAUAUUUUUUACAGUUCCUAAAGGGGAAAGGAGGAGGCUAUGGUUGCAGAUGGCCCGAAGUCAGUGCACUUCUUUGCAGUCCUCUCUUCGCUGCUGUGAAGAUCAUUUUGAUGUAGAAAAGGAUGUUGAAAAUUGGAUCCAGAAUAAGGUGAUGAUGGAAAGCGGGUUGAAACCAUUUCCUUGGGUCCUCAGGAAAGAUGUGACUCCCCAUUUGUUUGACUGUCAGAAGGACCGUAAAAGGUCUCACACACUUUCAAUCAGGUCUGCCGUAGAGAAGAGGAAGAGAAUGGAAGUCCUAAAGGACAUAUCAAAUACAGAUGCUGGAAGGUCUGAUGUAGGAGCGGCAGCUUUGGAGUAUCCAGUAACAGAGCCUCUGGAAACAAAUGUGGAGCCUGCGGUUCCAUUGCAAGUGAUUAAUGAUGUAUCAGCCUUUGUUGAUGACCUGUCUGUUAAUGACAUUUCUGUGGAAUGUCAUGUUGAGAUCCAUACAAAUUUAGAACCUGCCCACAAUACAGCAGCAGCACUUCCAGAGACUGUCAUAAAUUCCACUCCUGAAUAUCGUUGUGAAGCUCGAAAGACAGUACGAGAUACCCAGACUCAGGUAACACAAUCAUUCAUUUACAUUUGCAAUCAAUCACUGCUACCCAAAAAUCACUGUAAAAAUGAAGUUUAG